AUACAUAUAAAGAUACAGCGCAGCAGGAUUCUUUAUUACACCCUUGACGUAAAUGAACAAUUGCACAUGUUGUUUUGUGUUGUGACCACGAAAUGGCUUUAGCUAGAAGUAAGUUAGUAUUUCUAAUAACAAUCAGUUUAUUGGAGACAUUUCUGUAUGGGGGGUUGCAGUAUGGCUGGGUAUCCCUCCUCUAUGUUCUAAAGCAAGAACAAGUGUUCAAAGACCUGUGUGCUACUGACAGAAACACAACCUCCGAUAUUAAUAGCGGUACCAGUGAUAAUUGUUUUGCACAAGAUGACAAGUUUAGCUUGUUAUUCACCGUUGGUAUGACUAUAUUUACGGUUUCGGGAUUAAUAUGUGGAGAACUGUACAACCGAUACAUCGCUGCGACGCGCAGAAUUCGUUUUGGCAGUGUGUUCGUUCUUGUUGCUGGAGUGCUUUGCUUUGGUUUCACUUCUCCAGAAACCCCCUGGCUUGUCCUCCCAGGGAUAGUGUUCGUAGGCGUGGCUGGGAUUUCACUUCUUAUUUCUAACAUGCAGGUGGCAGUGCUGUUGCCGAAGGGUUCCUCUGUGUACGUCGGUCUCCUUAAUGGCUGUUUCGACUCCUCCGUUGUGACACAGAUGGUUGUCAAGGCCCUGUACGAAACCGGCAUCAACCCAAGGUUUUCCUAUAUCGGUGUUGCCAUAUUAUGUGUCGUCAUAUCCGGUUUUUGCACUCUUUUCCAUCCUGGCUCAAAGAAUGGUACAUCGAAGUCAUCGGACGAUAGUGAUGCUAAAGUAAAGCACAUGAACGGCGACGUCAAUCCUCCCGAAGGCAGCAUUAAUGUAACUUUCAGCAAUGACGAACAACAUUUGAAAGUCCCAUCUCACACAGAGGUGACCGACAAAGGAACUGAAAUUGACAUUACACCGUCUUCUGUUGCUUCUGAUGACGUCACAUCUACUUCUGUGGGGUCCAUCAUACGUUCCCGGAUGUACAUAUUUCAUUUGAUGUGGAUGAGUAUACUGUUGUUGCGGUUCUACUAUUUCAUCGGGUCAAUAAACAGGUUAAUGGUAGAGACCCUGGAAAAUGACGAUCAGGUGAGCUACUUCACCGACGUCAUGACUUACACGAUGCUGGCAGGGAUGAUAUCAUCAUUUAUUGCUGGACAGGUGUUUGAGGCACAAAACAGGUGGUUUACAGGAACGAUGAAGACAGUAAUCCCCCUCACAGUGACGUCAUGCUUGGCCAUUCUGUUAUCCUCCCUCGCCUUCCUGUCCUCGACGGCUGUUCUGUACGCUGACUUUGUUGUGCUGACCUUUUUCCGUUCCUUCGUUUUCAGUGUUAACAUGGAUUUUAUCAUAAUUUCGUUUCCUCAAAAAUUUAUGAGUCUGCUCUUCGGCCUCGUGAUUUCGGUUUCCGGUGUCGUGACCUUAACCCAGUACGCCUUAUUCACGUGGACAAAAAAAUACGACAAGGCGAUGACACACGUAAACAUUUUCCUGUUGUGUUUAUCGGUUAUCUCCCUUCUACAUCCGGUCCUCAUUGUCAUGAGCCAGAAACGAAGAUCACUUAAUAAAGAUGUCGACACUACUAACAAUGGUAGUGUUGAUUCCAAAAAUGUGAAUGGACAUUCAACAAAGCUGUGACGGCUGGUAUUCAAGGGUUCGAACCCUUCACCUUUCAUGUGCGCUCUUUUUAUUCUACAACAUAUCAACAUACAGUUACUACAUACACGUGGCUAUUGAGUGUUCGUGACUGAGUAUUUGCCUACGAAUGUUUGAACAGUUUAUUCCAUUGACGUAUUUGUAUUACAAUAGUGAUAUAUAACUUAGCAAUAGGUCAUUUUGACGUCAUUAAAAGUAUAGUAGUCAUGACAAUAGUUGUUUUUAGGUUUUUGUUACUGUUGUUUUUUGUUUUGUUUGUGUGUGUGUGUUUCUAUUUGGUAAUAAUGCUAAAAAAUAUUUAAAAAAAAUGAAACAUAUAUAAAACCUGAUUGCAUUAAACAGAUCGCACCAGAGCUCUUCUAAAUAUAUUUGAAUUUGUUCUGCGGAGAGGAGGGGGAAGGGACAUGCCGGUAGACCCCCCUCAGGAGGCUUCGUGCCUUUAGCGAGACAGUUAAACACAGACAAACUUUAGAACGUUUGGAACCCUAGUUUUCAGAAUUCUUGAAUCUUCAUCUCGAAUAUUCGUUUACAUAUCGUCCCUUUAAAUAUUUAAAGUUACAAUAUUCUCACCAUUCGCAUUUACGCAGACAUAGAUAUUUGUAAAAAAAACAUGGAUGAUUAACAGUAGGUCGGGGUGGAAUGCUAUAUCUGCCGUGGAUCUUUGUUGUUGAUUUUUCGUUAUUCACUAAGAGUUCUGAAUAUCAAGUGAUAUUUCCCACUCUAGUAACUUGACGUCCUUAUUCCGUCUACUGCGUCAUGUCGUUGCCUGUGUUUUUGUAAGUUGGAGAUUUCCACCGAAACAAAUUGUAUGUUGUUAAGAGAUCAAAGUGAGUGAUGUUUUAUACAGAACCUGAAUGAUACCAUGUAUGUGCAUAACCAAGUAUGUAGCUGAUUAGCACUUUGUAAGUAAAGCGUUCAUGCAAUCUCGGUGAACAAAACUACCGCGUGCUAUCUACAUGUGUGUAUGGUUUGCUUAAUAUAAUCAAGAGAACUACAGUUUCAAAAUAAAGCAAAAAAUGUUU